AUGUCGCAAAAAGUGCAAGAAAUGUGGAAUAUUUGCCGAUUUUGUUUGAGCCAGGAAGAAGACCUGCUCGCUCCUAUAGCAACGAUACUAGAUUCUUAUCUGACCGUCGAAAAUGUUGAGCGAUUCACUGGUGUUACCAUCGAAUUGCACGACCGCGUUCAGCAAGCUGUGUGCGUAUACUGCACAUACCGAUUGCAAGAGUCGAUCGCGUUCCUCAGCGCUUGUACGAGGAAUGAUGUCUAUCUGCGGAAACUGUGCCGACUGGAAGACAAAGCAUGUACACCAGCUUCAAACAUGUUAAACGAGUGUGACGGUCAAGAUCCCUUAGAGGUGAAGGAAGGGCAGAUGAGUAAAAAAGUAUUUGAAAAUCCCUCUAAUCUAAAAAAGAAGGAGAAGAAGGGCAUCGUUGAGCCUAAAGAACCAGUAAUCGAUACACCGUCAACAGCGGCAGUACGCCCCGCUAAUACUCAACCAAUGUCAAAUACCACCAACAAGGAAGAUUUCGUGCAAACCGUUGAAAAGUUUUACUCUGCCAAUUACAUCGAACCAGGCGAGACAUCGACAGAUUCCGAGACAGACGAGUGCGAAUCAGAUGAAGAGAGCAGUUCGCCUAGCACAUCCAAUAACAGAAAUGGUAAGCGUGCAAAAUUUGCUGCACCACCAAAACAGAGAAUCUGUUUCACGACGAAAGAAGGAAUUAAUUUGUUCGCACUUUCGAUGAACGAGCAUAAAAAAGCGCUUUGCGAUAUAUGCGGUAAAAUGGUGGUUCACAUCCCAUCCCACAUCCCUACUCACACGAAGGAAACCAAACAUGCCUGUCCGCAUUGUCCCGUUAGAAUGACGCAUAAAGCAAACCUAAUGCGCCACAUUAAUGCCGUGCAUUUAAAAAUUAUAAUCAAAACCUGUGAACUAUGUGGUAAAGGGUUUAGCCACAAAAAUACGUACUUAUCACACAUGCGAGCUCAUCACGGAAUAGGAAAAAUGCAGGAGUGCAAAGUUUGUUCCAAGACCUUUUCCCAUCCAAGUGGUUUGCGCACCCAUUUUGAACGCGCACAUGGGUCGCAGCUUUAUAAGUGUGUGACGUGUAGCAUGUGUUUUAAAAUGAAAAAAUCACUGGAAGUGCAUCAACGAGUGCAUUCUUCAGAUAAACCGUACGCUUGCAGGGAGUGCCCAAAACGUUUCAAAAGCCCAAGAGCGAGACGUAACCAUGAACUGACACACAAAGGCGUACUUUUCAAAUGCACUAUCUGCGAUAAGUCAUAUCGCUAUAAAUCACUUCUUAACAUGCACCUUCGAAAAGUGCACACAAGUGACAAUGACGGUGGCGAAUAA